CGAGCACGUGGAGGAAGAGUACGCGGAGGAAGAAGAGGCCCAGGAGGAAGCGUCCCCCCCGCCUGCAGAAGUCCCUGAGGUCCAUGAGGAAGUCCAUGAAGUUCAUGAACCAGAGGAAGUCCAAGAAGAGGAGAAGCCGAGACCCAGACUCACUGCUCCUAAGAUCCCGGAAGGGGAGAAAGUCGACUUCGAUGACAUCCAGAAGAAGCGCCAGAACAAAGACCUCAUGGAGCUCCAGGCUCUCAUCGACAGCCACUUCGAGGCUCGGAAGAAGGAGGAGGAGGAGCUGGUCGCCCUCAAGGAGAGAAUCGAGAAACGCCGAGCAGAGAGAGCCGAGCAGCAGAGGAUCCGGGCGGAGAAGGAGCGGGAACGCCAGAACAGACUGGCGGAGGAGAAGGCACGGCGGGAGGAGGAAGACGCCAAGAGGAGGGCUGAGGACGAUCUGAAGAAGAAGAAGGCGCUGUCCUCCAUGGGGGCCAACUACAGCAGCUACCUGGCCAAGGCAGACCAGAAAAGAGGCAAGAAGCAGACGGCCCGGGAAACGAAGAAGAAGGUCCUGGCCGAGCGGAGGAAGCCCCUCAACAUCGACCACCUCAGCGAGGACAAACUCAGGGACAAGGCCAAGGAGCUCUGGGACACCCUGUACAAGCUGGAGACCGACAAGUUCGAGUAUGGGGAGAAGCUGAAGCGCCAGAAAUACGACAUCACCAACCUCAGGAGCCGCAUCGACCAGGCCCAGAAGCACAGCAAGAAGGCCGGGACCACACCCAAGGGCAAAGUUGGCGGGCGCUGGAAGUAGAG